AUGGUAUUAAAUGAAAAUGAUAAAGAAUUUGUUAAAAAAUUAUUUGACUCUUUAGAUAAAGACAAUAAUGGUAAAUUAACAAGGGAAGAAAUUAAAGAAGGUUUUUUUAAAUUAAGAAUUCCAUCCUCCGAGAAAGAUAUUGAAAGUUUUUUAACAAAUGUUGAUAAAGAUAAAGAUGGAUCAGUUAGUUUUAAGGAAUUUGAAGAUUUUACAAUUGAAAAUAUAAAGAAAUUAAAAAUUGUAUUUGAAGAAUUAGAUACAAACAAAUCUGGAACAUUGGAUAUCCAUGAAAUUGAAGAAUCAAUUAAAAAGUUAAAUAUUCCACUCUAUAGUGAACAAGAAUUAAUUAGAUUAUUCCAUCGUAUUGAUAAAAAUCGUGAUAAUCAAAUCGAUUUUAAUGAAUGGAGAGAAUUAUUGGUUUUAUUACCAAAUUCAAAUCUUCAAUUAAUAAUUUCAUUUUGGAAAGAUUCUCAAAUUUUAGAUGCAGGUUUUGAUAAUGGUGGUUUCAUUCCACCAAUGGUUGAAAAAAAAGAAAAAGCUUCAUCAUUAAGAAAUACGAUUACUUAUAUGUUAGCUGGUUCAGUUGCAGGUUUUGCAAGUCGUACAUCAACUGCACCAUUAGAAAGAGUUAAAAUUAUGUGUCAAUUAAAUCAUGGUAAACCAAUUUCUUUAAUUUCAGCUUUUAAAGCAUGUUAUAAAGAUGGUGGAAUUAAAGGUUUCUUUAGAGGUAACUUGGCAAAUAUUAUUAAAGUUAGUCCAGAGAGUGCAGUUAAAUUUGGUACAUAUGAAUAUGUAAAGAAAUUAUUUGCAGAAAAUGAUUGUGAACUAACAUCAGCACAAAGAUUUAUUAGCGGUUCAGUUGCAGGUGUUGUUUCUCAUACAACAUUAUUUCCACUUGAAGUUGUAAGAUUAAGAUUAUCAGCAGAGAUAGCAGGAACCUAUAAUGGUAUUUUCGAUUGUUUUAAAAAGAUUGCAAUUUCAGAGAAAUCAAUUAGACCAUUCUAUAGAGGUUUAGGUGCCUCAAUUACAGCAACCAUUCCCCAUUCGGGCGUCAACAUGAUGGUCUAUGAAUUCCUUAAACAUAAAGUUAUUAAAAUGACAGGUAAUGAAUUCCCAACAGCUGGACAAUUAUUAGUUUGUGCUUCAACUAGUAGUGUUUGUGGUCAAUUGGUUGGUUAUCCAUUCCAUGUUGUUAAAUCUAGAUUAAUCACUCAAGGUAGUUCUGUCAAUCAAGAGAAAUACACUGGCCUAUUCGAUGGUUUAACUAAAAUCAUUAAAAAAGAAGGUCCAAUCGGUCUUUAUAAAGGUAUAGUACCUUCCUUUAUGAAAUCAAUUCCAUCUCAUUCAAUAACUUUUAUUGUUUAUGAAGGUUUUAAAAAAGCUUUUGAUGUUAAUUUAAAAGAAAAAAAACAUCAUUAA